AUGGGGAUUGACCCCAAUUCCGCAGACUACAGAAACAGCAAAAGACCAGCUCUAGAUUGUCUGGAUGUGUCGGGAAAACAACCCAAUUAUUUUGACAUGUUCACACAUGCCACCAACCCUGACCUUGUCACCAGUGACAUUGUCGUUUUGUCCAAUGCCGACCAAGCCUUUGACAGUUCCCUCCAGUGGGCCAAGUACAUCAAGAACACCACUGUACUGGCACUGUCAACCUGGGGAUUCAAAGCCGAAAGAGUGCCUUCUCCCACCAAGGACUAUUUCCGUUUUAUUCAUGGAAGCAACUCCACUGAAUUCCAGACUGAAAUUGAAGCCAAAUGCCGCGAGAACUAUUAUUCCUCCUGGGAUGCCCAUGUCUUUCACCGAACACUUGUGGCUGGUCGAUUGAAACCAGAAAACUUUCAACGCCCCACUGUCAACAAACUGAGCAACAGCAACCACAGCAACAGUAACCAUGAGACGGCCUUCUUCAAAAUGAACGAAAAUGCUGCGGAAAACUCGGCCCUGUGGGCCAUUAUGAAGGAGUUACCACCACCAAAUGACACGCCGACGGAUGUACAUGCCUGCACCGUGAUUCAAACAUGGCAUUUCCACGGUGCCCCCAAGAUGCAUGCCCACGAGGAUGCUUAUUGGUAUUGGGAAGGAACCGAGGAAACGGCCCGCCCGGGUGUCCCCAAACCGCAUCGAUGGCCACAGCGCGACCACUCGACCCUCAUGAAUAGCUUUGUUGUGGGUUUCGUACCGGAAGAAAAGGCAAUGGUCCCCAUGACUUCCCAACAGAAAAAGCAAAUCGAAGUGAAGCAAAUGAUGUUGGAACUCAAGAAACUGGAGCGGGAUCGACGACCGAAUGGGAAGAAGAACCGUCGAAAGAAGGCACUGAUAGAAGAACUACAAAAGGCAGCCAGUGAAGCUGUGUGAGUGAGUGAGUGAGUAAAUGAAUGGCCGCUUCUUUCUUUCCUGCAAGUCUUCGUGCACCGUAUGAAAA